AUGGCCCUGGGCUCUAUUGCCAAACCCUUGGAAACGAGACUAGAGCCCUUGGAAUCAGCUUCGCGCUCCGUGUCGGGGGACGACAAGAAAUCGCGGCAACAAGCUGAGCUAUACUACCAGUAUGCGCUCAGGCGUAUAGGGAUGAUUGGAGGGAGUCUGACAGCCUGCCAAUGCCAUUUUCUGAAUGGCAUAUACUUGCUGUAUACUCUCCGGCCGGUACAAGCCUGGCAGGCAUUCUUCCACGCCUCUUCUUUAUAUACAGUGUACCUGAAAAGCCGAGCGGCAGCGCAGCAGAUUGGACCGGGACACUAUCACGAUGAUGCUCUGAUUGGAGAUGAGAGCUGCUCUGGUGAGAAGCUGCGGUGUUGUCUAGAACAGAGACUGUACUGGAGCUGCAUCAAGUCGGAGAGCGAAAUCUGCACCGAGGUAGACUUGCCCAGAUCCGAGUUGGGCAAGAUGGAGUAUCCGUACCUAUUUCCGUCGCCGCCAACGCCCAAGAGUGUCGAUGGCUUACACGACACCCACGACAUGGGUGCAGUCGGCAUGUUGGCCCCAACUGCCUUGUUAUCCGUCGAUGAUGCGGCGGAAAAACAAGACUUCAAAACGCUCCACGAGCACUCGUGGUUUUCCUACCUCUCAAACAUUGCGCUGCUCCGCAUCUCUAGCCGCGUAGACGACGAGUUCUACACCAACCCCCCCUCGCUGUGGGCGAGUAUGAAUCUGCUCGACAUGGCCAACACAGCAUGGGACCUGGAGAAGCAGUUGCUACAAUGGCAGCACACUCUGCCUUCUUCCAUCUCGUGCUUUGAUGAGCCGGCCUCCCUGUCGACGGUGACGGAGUUGCAGCUGGCUACGUGGCUGCACUGCACCUCGGUCAGGUUGCGCAUGUAUCGACCGUUCCUGUACCGCCUGGCUUUACAACAAGGCCACGACUGGCCGUUGGCAGACGCCCUGAAACAAUUUGCCGACAAGGCCGUAGUGCUCAGUCUGAAUCCUCUCCAUACGCUUGGGCUACAGCACCGGCAUGCUGGCUCCUGGUUUCGAUGUCGGGAAUCGGCGUCUCGCGUGCUGAUACUCAUUUGUGCCAGGAAAAUCGGGCUGGUAUCCAAAAUGGGACUUGAGCAGCAAGUCCAAGAUAUGCUGGGGAUUUGUUUAGCACACCUACGUUUCUGGGAAGAAGAAGCAGAGGACAUACGACGAGUGCGCCAGGUUCUGGAGCCCAUGAGCUAA